CAUUUUGAGGGGCAAUUCCCAGAAGCCUCAGUCAGCUGAGGCAAUUCAGGAUGCAGGAGGAGCAAAAUCAUGGAGUUGGAGAGGAAAAUGCUACCCUUGGGGAGCAGGAGCCAAGGGCUGGGCAGCAAAAAUGAGGGACUGGGAGCAAAGCACAAUCUUUGACCCAUAUGAGAGCCAGUGGCCUGAAUCCUCAGCUGAAGAAGCAAAGCGGCUAAAGGGCAGCAUUGGUGGGGUUUGGCUCUUUUUUUGUGUUGUGGGUCAGCUCAAGCCUUUUUCCUUUGCAUCUUGCAGGAGGCUCUGGAGAUGUUGCUCUCAGGGGGUCCUCCAACAGCUCAAGGCCAUCCCUUGGCUGAUUAUCAUUAUGCAGGCUCUGAUAGAUGGACACCUGAGGAGAAGGAGGCCUUCCAAAAGGCUUUCCACACCUACGGCAAGGAUUUCCAUCUCAUCCAGAAGCAGAUCCCGAGUAAGACUGUGGCACAGUGUGUGGAGUACUACUACUGCUGGAAAAAAGAGCAGAAACUUGCCAGCAGCACUCUUGCUCAGGGAGUUUGAAACCAUCAAGGAGAGGAACAAGCACAGGAGAAGACAUCGCCCACGCAAGGAUGCACAGCCUCUCCCCAAGAAGAAAAGGCCAAAUUAGCCCUGCAUUUGCCCCAGGCUAACAAGAGUUAUGCGUCUGCAGGACUAGAUAGAAAUAAGAUUGUUUUUCAAGUUUUUAGGAUUGUUUAUUCUUCUAUUAGUUUACAUGAUAGGAAUCCCUCUGUUUAUUAGCUAAGAUAUAUAUAAGAUAUAUAACUAUUAUUAAAGAUGUAUUAUUAGUGUUAGAUUUAGCAAUAAAUGUUUGGUGUUUGGUGUUUCUA